UCAUCAUUUCCACCACCAUUAUCAGACUUCUUCUUCUUCAACCUCCUCCUCCUCUCUUUCUCUCUCAACUCUUCAUUCAUUCAUUCUAAUGGCGACACCAACAAAUAUUAUUGAAGAACCCUCCGAAUCACUGAAAUACAAGACAUGGGUGCUGAAGGUUUCUAUACACUGUGAAGGCUGCAAGAAAAAAGUUAAAAAGGUUCUCGCUUCAAUACAAGGUAUUCAGAAUUUCGACGUAGACUUGAGAUUACAGAGGGUGGUCGUCACCGGAAAUGUCGACGCUGACAUUUUAAUCUAUAAACUCAUCAAAUCUGGCAGAAAAGCUGAACUAUGGCCGGAAAUAUCUAAUAAUAAUAAUAAUAAUCAGAAACACAAAAUGUCCACCGGUAGUAGAGACAAUAACAAAGAGAAAAUUAGUGACGUACAGACUAUUAAUGCCUCACCCUCUGGUGGUGCCGCCGGCGAUAAAGAGAAACAGACGCCCGGAAAAGUUGUAAAUCCGGCGACUGCAGAGCCUAGUGGUGUCGGUGCGGAUAAAGUUGGUAAGGCGGAAGUUACAACAGCCGGUGUUUCUCCGGCGAAAGUGAAUCAGGUGGAAAAUACAAAAACGGCAGGUAUUGUGACGACAAAAGUUAAUCAGCCGGAAACUUUAGGUGUUCCGACGAGUAAAGAAAAUACAACGCCGGUGAAAAAGAAUGAGGACGGCGGCGCCGGCAGCAAAGUGGAUGCCGCCGGCGGCGGGGGCGGCGGGAAUAAACCUGAGAUGGGUCCAGUGGGGAGCAGUGAAGUGGAGAAAAAAAGCGGUGGUGGUAAAAAGAAGAAAAAGAAGGGGCAAAAUGGGAAUAUGUCAGGUCCAUCACAAGAACAGAGUUGUAGUCAAGAAGAAGAUGAAGAAGCAAUAUCUGCUAAUGCGUGGAGGGGACCACAUAGGAACAAUAACAGUGUGACCCCACCACCACCACCAGCGAAUAAUAAUCCUCCACGUCACCUCCAGAAUCAAUUCCCACCAGAUUGUGAUAUUGAUUAUGCCCCUAUUCCUCGUAUGCCUAUUCCUCCUCAUGGGCCUAUUCCUCAUGGGCCUAUUCCUCAUGGGCUUACUCUUUCUCAUCCUCCUCCUGCUGGGCCUGUUUACGUCACGAGUUAUAAUAUGGCCCAUCCAACGCCUAACUACACGACGUCGUAUUACGCAUCGCCAACUCCCUAUUCAUCUUCUUCAUCGUACAACAGUUAUUAUCAAGAACAGCGGGAGACGAGGGUGGAGCCUCCUCCUCCGUCGUAUUAUUAUAAUGAUUCGUACACGAGGGUGGUGCACCAACAACAGCCGUUGGAUUCGUUCGAGAUGUUUAGUGAUGAAAAUCCAAAUGGGUGCUCAGUUAUGUGAUCAAAUCAAUUAAUGGUUCAAAAAGCUUGAUUAUCAACCUAUAACUAGCUUUCUUCAAUUAAUUAUAUACUUAUAUAUAAUUUCAUAUGUAAAAUUGGUAUUAUUAGUUAAUUAAGAAGAGAUUUAAGAGCUCUUAAAGUUUCUUCUUUUUCAUAUGUGAUUCACAAGCUUUGUGGUCCAAUAUUAAUGCUUCCAUUAAUUAACUACCUAUAAUUAUUACCUUCAU